AUCUCAUUCUCCUGGGUCAUGAGGCUAGAAUGAUAUGUAACAGAAUAACCCAGCUUUCCCCCCUUCCAGAAGGGUCUCAUGUCUCUCCUAGCUAUUAGACAUGUAGUGCCAUUUUUUGGCCAAGGCCAAUAGUUUUCAGAUGUUUGAAAUUUUGCUGAUGGAAGUGUUGGGGGUGACAGCCCCACAGUUAUCAUAAAUCGAGGGGCAAAGAAAAUGCAGCGGCCGUUUAUCGGAUGUGGGGGUCUUCGUUUCUCCAAAACGGCACAUUUUACGUACUUCGAUUCAAUGACCCGAUUCUGCUAAGAAGAAAAUACCUUGUAUACACCUUAUUCCAUAACCUAAAUCAUUUAACAAAAUGACCACGGAAAACAAGAUGCGCGCGGUAGUGUUUCACAGCCCUUAUAAAGUGGCCGUUGAAGAACGACCAAUUCCCAAAAUCCAAGAUUCGGGAGAUAUUGUCGUCAAAGUAACAUACACUGCGCUUUGUGGAAGUGACCUCCACACAUUUCGUGGAAUAGAACCCGCCGGUACGGGGUUUGUUAUGGGCCAUGAAGUUACGGGUGAGGCUGUUGAGGUCGGGAAUGGCGUUAAAUCUAUCCAGAAGGGUGAUAUUGUCGUGAGUGCUUUUACGACUUCUUGUGGCGAGUGUUUCUACUGCAAGCAAGGGUUCUCCUCUCGCUGUGAGAAGAGCGUGCUUUUCGGGUGUGAUCAUCUAGAUGGAGCACAAGCCGAAUACGUCCGCAUCCCAAAUGCAGACGGAACGGUGAUGAAAGCUCCCGAAGGUGUCGAGGAAAAAUACCUCGUGCUCAUGGCAGACAUCUUCCCGACAGGCUACUUUGCGGCCAGCAAUGCCUUCAAGGGGUACACCCCGGAACAAAUAUCCGAGCAGACAGUUGUACUAAUCGGCUGCGGCCCGGUCGGGCUCUGCGCACUGAUCAAUGCCCUGGAGUUCAAGCCUAAGCAUCUCCUUGCUGUGGACUCUAUUCCGUCAAGACUUGAGCUGGCAAGGUCCCUUGGGGCUGAGCCUUGGAACUUCCAGCAAGACCGAGAAGGUUUGGAUAAGCGGGUGAAGGAACUGACGAAUGGAAGGGGUGCGGAUGCUGUGAUUGAAGUAGUUGGGUUGAGCCCGGCACUGAGGACUGGCUUUGAUCUGCUGCGUCCUUGGGGGACGAUCAGUAGCGUUGGAGUCCACAACGGAGAAAUCCCAUGGGCUGGAAACGAUGCAUAUGACAAGAACCUGAGAAUCCAAAUGGGUCGAUGCCCCGUGAGGUCGGUAUCUCCUCAAGCGUUGGAAGUCUUAAAAAAGAACCAACAUAAAUUAGGAUUCAUGGCGGACAAGAUCAUGCCGCUGUCUCAAGCUGUAGAAGGCUACGAGCUUUUUAAUGCAAUGAAAGUGCAGAAGGUAAUUUUCAAAGCUGGAGAAUAAGUGCGGACCCGAUGAAGAUAUAAAUGGACGAGAGUCUUGAUGUUUUGAAGUUAACUGGGUUGAUUUUAU